AUGUAUUUUUGGAAUGAAGAUAAAUCUACGGAAGAUGAGAAAAACAAAAAAACGGAGAAAUCUAGUGACGAGGAAGAUAUAUUAAGAAAAAAAGAAGAAAAACGUAAAGCGGAUGAAGAAGCUAAAAAAAGGGAAGAAGAAAAACGUAAAGCGGAUGAAGAAGCUAAAAAGAAGGAAGAAGAGAAACGAAAGGCAGAUGAAGAAGCCAGAAAAAGGGAAGAAGAGAAAAGAAAGGCGGAUGAAGAAGCUAAAAAGAAGGAAGAAGAGAAACGAAAGGCAGAUGAAGAAGCCAGAAAAAGAGAAGAAGAAAAACGAAAGGCGGAUGAAGAAGCCAGAAAAAGAGAAGAAGAGAAACGAAAGGCAGAUGAAGAAGCCAGAAAAAGGGAAGAAGAGAAACGAAAGGCAGAUGAAGAAGCUAAAAAAAGAGAAGAAGAAAAACGUAAAGCGGAUGAAGAAGCUAAAAAAAGAGAAGAAGAAAAACGUAAAGCGGAUGAAGAAGCUAAAAAAAGAGAAGAAGAGAAACGAAAUGCGGAUGAAGAAGCUAAAAAAAGAGAAGAAGAAAAACGAAAUGCGGAUGAUGAAGCCAGAAAAAGGGAAGAAGAGAAACGAAAGGCCGAUGACACAUCAAAGCGUGCAGAAGAAGAAAAACAAAAGGCUGAUGACUCUGCAAAGCGUGCAGAAGAAGAAAAACAAAAGGCCGAUGACACUGCAAAGCGUGCAGAAGAAGAAAAACAAAAGGCUGAUGAUGCUGCAGAACGUGCAGAGGGAGAUCUUACGUAUGGUUUUAAAGAUAAAAGACAAAAGAUAAAAAGAAAAAAGAGUGGGUUUAUAGGUAGUGUAGCAAAAAUUAUUGCUUCUCCUCCAAUAAUAGUGUCGGUUUUUUCGUUUUCUCAUAUAAUUCGUACAAUUUUUAUAUGGCAUUUAAUAGCAGGUGUUUUUUGUUUUUCUAUUCAUAACCUCCUGUCUUACUGGUAUAUAAGCAAUAUUUUAAAAGACAAAAAAGCAUCACACAGUGAUUCUUACGGAUCAAUAGAUAGUGACAGCGGGAUUUUUUCGGUUAUAAUUGACAUUUUUUUAAUAAUUUUAAAAUUUUUAACUUGUCUAUUUUUUGUAGAUAUGCUACUUGGUGUUUUUAACAGUUCGUUUGACGUAAAUUUAAACAAUAUUGAUUCUAAUGUUUUGCGGUAUGUAAUUAUGUUCUGUAUUGCGAUCGUUUUAUCCUUAUUUUAUGCUUUUUAUAGAGGUUUUUAUGUUUUAAGUACUAUAGUUGAUUUUUCAUUAAUUUUGUGUAGUUUUAUUUUUAUAGGAUUUUUAGCGGUAAACGGCGGCGGUAAUUUAGAUAAUGCACGUACACAGGACAAUACACCAUGGACUACCACUAUAUUUCUUGUAUUUUCUGUAAUUUCGUUUUCGUUUGAGAUGACAUCAUGUGCUGUCUCAGUUUUUAAUAAUUCAUCUUCUAGUCUUUUUAUUGUUGCCUCAGUUUGUGUGUGUAUUCUUUCUCUAUUUUUCUUAUCUUUUAUGUAUUUUUCUAAUUGGCUGUGGCAAAUGAAAUUAGAUGAAGUAUUGUCCGUUUUAACAUCUUAUAAUUCUUCUUUGUAUUUCGUUAUUCUAAGUAUUUAUGCAUCAUUUGGUUUUCUUCUUAAUGUUAAUAUUUUAAAUAAUUCUAUAGUUAAUAUUUUUAGUACACUUUUUAACCAUAACAAUAUUUUUGGAACAGUAUUAUUUUCAAUAUUAGUUUUUUUAUUAAUUUUUUUAUCAGUACUAGGUGAUAUCGGUUUAUUUUUAUGGAAAUCUACAAUGAUUAUUUUUUUCGGACUACCUUUAUAUUCUAUGUUUCCAUAUUUAAUUAUAGUUUAUAAUAAAGGACUAAGAAUUGUACCACUUAUAUGUAUUUUAUUAUUCAGUGGAUUUUUUAUCCUGGCACUAAUGAAUUACAAGAUAUUAAAUCCAGAAUAUCUUCCAAAUUAA